UCCUACCCACUACCCACCAUGCACUGGGAGGUUUCUAGGGCGACCCUGACAGUCAACAAACAUGGCUGCUGCUGCAGGGAGCUCUCACCAACAUGAGCGAUCCUGCUCCCAUAUCCCAGUGUUCUCAGCACGACAUCCCAUGAUCCCCAAACUGUAUGUGAUGCCAUGGAAACAGGACAUGAAGAACCAGAGGCUCCUCAUGAAGAACGCAGCUCUGGCAGGGAUCCCUGUGGUUCCACUUGAGGAGUCUUUGUGUUUUUGUGGUCGGGAGCGUCUCUGCCACAAUCAGGACUCCACACACCACUCCACCUCUUCAUCCUCCUCUUCUUCUACUCCGCUCAGCCAGACAGGACUGACAGCUCAUCACACCUCCCACUUCUCCAGGUACAACAGCUCUGUGGUGACGACCAGGCAGCUCUACCGAACCUGAAGACCCAUCACAUAAAUUCUAAUUAAUCUGUCUGCUUGUGGUUCUCGUCACAGCUGUACAUUUAAUAUAGUUUGGGUGGAUACCAAUACAGAUACUAAAAGUGAGAAAUUAGUCAUUUAGUUCAGCAAGGAAAAGGUGGAUUAGUCCCAUUUGAAUCCUUGUGCCCUCCUCAAAUUUCCCUAUGGCCACCUUUGUGGCAAAAAUGUACACACACAAAAAACUGCUAUUAAAUCAUCAUACAUCAAGGUUUUUUUCUGCUUUUUUUCAUAAAUCUCUUAAACAACUUCAAACUUGCUCAAAACUACCAAAUAUUAAAUAAUAUUCAGGAUUUCUGGAAAUGAGCUGAACUAAACUUAACACACACACACACACACACACACACACACACACACACACACACACACACACACACACACACACACAAACUCUUGGGGUAGUCACAUGGCUCCAUAAUAUAACUGGCAAAAAUACAAGAAUUUCAUUCAUCAGCCUACAAUAGGAAAUGCUUGACUCUGGUGGAAUAAAGUAAAAAUGUCAAAUAUCACUAUUUUUCUUCAAAAUUAAAUGCUGACAUGGCAGGGAGAUUAAAAAAUGUGGUUUUAAUGGAAGUCAAUGAGGCAUUUUUAGCCAUGAAGGUGUCCAAAGGGAGUAUCUGGCACUACAUAAAAAAUACUAAUGCAAUCAAAUCAAUUUUGUUGCUAAUCUUUGACAUAUCCAAGACUCUAAUCACCACCAAAGCUCCAUCCCCCUACUAUUUAUUAGGAAAAUAAUUAAUUUUUGUGUUUCUUUUUUUGGUAAUAAAUAAUGAAUAAUUCAAAUAAUUAAACAGGUAAUUAAAGGGUUAAAAUCCUGAAAAUGAUUUAAUGUCUGGUACUUUUGAGCAAGUUUGAAGUUGUUUAAGAUAUUUAUGGGAAAAAAAGCAAAAAUUCAUGCCACAAGCUGUAACACAGCCAGAAUGAUCACCAAAUAAAUAGAAAAAAAAAAGUUGAGAAAAAUGUAGAAAAAUGCCAGAGGAACACAUACGGCUUAUAUAAAAAGAAGAACCAGGCAGCAAAGUUAUCCUGCUGGACACAACAUGUCUUUUACUACACUGUAAAGUCCAUUCUCAGUGGAUGUGCGCUGGAGGCUUCAAGUUUCUACAUCCAACUGUAAAAGUUGUACACUGCACCAGGAUGAACUUCCAAACUAUUUGUGAUCCCUCAAUUGAUAGCCUUUCUGCACAGGGAAGAUCAGACAUCACACUGUAGGAACAAGAAGAAAAACACAUUUUUGAGUGGAGGGGGACUUUAUAAUGACACACUGUGAGGCCACAAAGAGAUAAAUGUACAGAUACACUUUCUUAAGAAUUUUGAGAGAGAAAAAAACUAAUACAGGAAAGGAGUAUAAAAGCUUGAAUACUAAUAAUUUGCUGCUGAAAAUACUGGUUUCUGAUUUGUUGGAAAGUCUUUUCAAAUUAUUUAUGCAGGUUUCAGAGUCCCUGCAUGUCCCUUUUCUUCUUGCAUAUCUGUGUUUACCUCACGCCUUCAUUCACCUGUAUAAAUGUAUAAAUAUAAUGCAGUGCAAGCUGAGUGACAUUCCCAUGUUACUACCUUAGUUCAUUAUUUUUAUCCAUUUAUUUUUGCUUAUAUAUAACCUAUUUCUAUGUCCUAUGUCUACAUGUCCAUUUGAUUACACUCACAGUCUGUUCCUGCAGUUCUUAUGUUCACCACAGGGAGUCAGUGUUUGUAAAUGUAACUUACAGAUGUAGCUUCACCACCACAGAGCACCUGGUGGGUCAGAGUAUUAGGUCUUAAAUAUAUCACUUCAGAUUCAGUUUUAAUAUUCUCUAAAGUCAGGAUUAUUUUAACAAUCUGAUGGACAACAUGGCCCCAAGAGCUGCCUCAGCGUUUCCUUAAUCUUAUUGGAACAACUUGCUGUUGCCAGGUGAAGUUUAUCAUUUUAAAAUCAGUUUAUGUGUUUUAAAAUGUUUGUUUCAUAUAAAGUGUAGGCCCGAAGUGUCCCAUGAGAAAAUAAUGAGGACAAAUGAUUAGGGUAAAACUGUGAAAGUUUAUGAUUACUAAAGAGACACGCUCAGGACUCCAUUUUAUACUUUAUUAUAACACUGUCAAAUUAAGAAGCCUCUGACUCACAAAAUUUAAUCUUUAAGUUGAAUAAAGUUAAACUGGUUCCAUUC